AUGCCUGAGCUUCUACAAGCCUCAAGAGUGCCACCGGGAAAACCUGGACAACCUUACACAUUAGAAUAUCUGUGUGGAGAAGUGAUAUACCUCCCAUCAACCAAGUCCUGCUUCCGUUUGUUGGUCACAGGCCGCGAAACACACAACGCCUUCGCCGUGCUGGGACAGGGUGGCAUCGGGAGCGACCCCAUCGGAUUCCAUUACCAUCGAGAUGCCCACGACAUCUUCCUCGUUGUGAAAGGCUUCAUCAACGUCUGGGCUGACGAUCAGUGCCGUACACUUGGGCCCGGCGACUACGCGAGUGUGCCUCCGAACAUUGUGCAUCAAUAUCAGGUCCUCGGAGACUACACCGAGUAUCUAAGUCUGAUUGUGCCUGGCGGUUGGGAAGACUUUUUCCGCGUCAUUGGCGAGUCAUACUCGGGACCCCUAUUUCGCGUCGAAGACGACCGCAAGGUCUCCGAAGUCCUCUUCCCCAAGGUCCUCGAGGCAGCUAAAACAUUUGAUGUCAUCCGAGUGCCGGACCAUCCAUACGUGGCUCCUCAGCCGUGGGACGAUGAGAAGGAUGUCCUGCCGGGCGACGUCAGGCCAUAUUUUCUGAAGGCAGGUACAGGCCCGAGGUAUCUCAUCGGCGGCCUCGUCUGCAGCCCACUUUCUGGAGUAGCGGAAGCGGCAGGAAGAUUUGAGCUUGGCUGUCUCGAAGGAUCAUCCUGGCAUGAACCAUCCAUUCUCUCAAACCAGAUGAGCUUUGACUCGGUCCACCAUGCAUUUUCGGUUGUGGAGGGAGCGGUUGAAAUCUUACUUGAGCAAGCUACACUGGCCAGAGUGAAUACCGGUGAGACGGCAUAUGUGCCUCCUGGCACCUUUUUCAGCGUCAAGAUCGUGAGCAGAUAUGCGAAGGUCUACAUUUGGACAAGUGGUGCAGGCCUGGUGGGAGUGCUUUGCAAGAUUGGAUCGCUGUACAAGCACACCGUCCCGCCUGAGGAGGCAGGUCCCUGGGAAAAGUCAGAUUUGAUGACUGUUGCAAAGGAAAUCGCAAUGAAGGUCAUUGACUAA